AUGGGGCGAAGAAAGAUUGAGAUCAAAGCCAUCAAGGAUGACAGAAAUCGUUCUGUCACAUUCUUGAAGCGAAAGGGCGGUUUGUUCAAGAAGGCCCACGAGUUGUCCGUCCUCUGCUCCGUCGACGUCGCCGUCUUCAUCUUUGGCAACAACAAGAAGCUCUACGAAUACUCGUCGUCUGACAUGCGAGAUCUCAUCACCCGGUACCAAUACCAUGGCGGUCCCAACGAGCACAAAGGACCCGCCGAUUUCAACGGUGGCAAUGAUGAGGAUGAGGAAGAGGAGGCCGACGGCACUCCUCCCCACGCACCCGACGAGAUGAACAACCAGAUGAUGCCUCCGCACUUCCACGGCCCUCAACCGCCAUUCCCUCAGAUCCGACACCACACGCCCUCGGCAUCACCACCAAUUGGCACCAACGGCGGUCACUUCCAACCCCAUCCAGGCCACCCGGGCCACCCAGUUCAACGCGGCCACACCCCGCAGCCCUCGAUCGGAUCGCGACCGGGCUCUCGAAACGACAUGCGCCGGAUGGGUCCCGGUCCCAUGGUCUCGCAGCCCGGGCCCCCACCCGGUCCGCCGCAUCCUGGAAUCAGUUACAUGCCCACGCCUCCAAUCUACAACCCUCCUCCUCCCAUGAUGGCCCCGCAGCAGGCGCCGCCGUAUUCCUAUGGACAGCAGCAGCAGCAGCAGCAGCAGCAGCAACAGCAACAGCAGCAACAGCAGCAACAGCAGCAUCAACAUCAACAUCAGCAACAACAGCAUCAUCAGCAGCCUCAGCCCCCUCAGCCGCCUCAACAACAUCCCCAACAUCAGCCUUACGCAGAUGGUCGACGCUCGCCAAUGCCUCCCGCCUAUUCCUCGCACCCGCCUUCGCACGGGAUCCAGGCACCCUCGCGCCCCGAACCGUCGCCUCAGCCAAACCACCAGCAACUGCCUCCCAACCCCCCUAUACCGCACAUCUCACCUCCGCCACCGCAGCCCCCACAACACCCAUUGGGUGAGCGCCGACUGCAUGACCCCCCGCCACCUCCUCCCGUGGUACCAAAGUCUGAACCCAUGGAACGACCACAGCCACCACUGCUCAAUACGGACUCGGCCAUCAAGAAGCUGCCGCAGCGUAAGUCACACAGCAUUUUUACGCCAAUCGAGGAGAACCGAUCGAUCCUAUCGCAGCACCUGGCCUCAUUCGCCUCUGAACCUAUCAAAACGGAGUCGGGGGCGGCUGCUGCUGCGGCCAAUGCUGCAAGCCGUGCACAGUCAGUCGAUAUAGCCGCGAUAAACCGCGCCAAUCAUAGCACCUCAUCGCCUCCCAUCCCACCGCCGCGGGCCAACACGGACAAGACGCGAACUACGUCCAUGUCAUCGAUCCCAGAGACGACUCUUACUCCUCCGUCAAGGUCAAAUAGUCUCCAGGUGGUCGGCGGGGCUCGGCCCCGGGGUCCACGCCUGACGGUGCAGAUUCCGGCCGGCGCUUCCGAGGCUGGGGGAAGUGAGACGGCCGAGUCUAAUUCGCCGCGAAAUCCCGCCGAGACUACGACUCAACCGCCCCAACGACAUAAUUCCCAAUCAUCCCUAGUCCUGCCCCCACCGUCCCCGUCCGCAUCGGCGCUGCUGUCUGCUGGAGCAACGGGUCCUCCAAACCCAUUUGCCCGACCGCCUCCCCAGCAGACUGUGAAUGGCGGUGAUAACACGCCGGUGUCGGCUUUGCCAUCACGAUUCCUCAACAACGAGUUCCUUCCCAGCCCCAGUAGCUUCUACCCGGAUUGGAACUUUAGGGGAGGAGACAAUAACACCCUGCCAAGCCCGCUGAACUUUGCCACACCCGUGGUUGGGUCAGGGCCUAGCUUCUUGAGAGACGACGGGCCAAAUCCCAACUCCACCCCCAACAACUCCAAUUUGAGCGUCAGUACGAACAAUACUGCAGCAAUGAAGCGAAAAACGCCAGAGUACGGUGCCACGAACCAAAGCGAGGCAGCGGAGGCGGCAGACGCAAAAAGGGUCAAAGUUGAAUGA